AUGGCUCAGGCUUAUGAUUUCACUCUAGACAAAAUGGGUUUGGACCUAAAUUCCUAUUCCAUAUGGGCAGACUACAUAUCUUUUUUGCGAUCGACUCAGGUUCAGGGUUCGUAUGCAGAAAGUCAGAAAAUAACUGCAACUAGACGCAAACUAUUUGGCGUGACUAUUUUUACUGAAGAACGUAGUCGGGACUACAUGAACGCACGUCGUGUUGCCAAAGAAUAUGAAUACCACCGCAAAAUACACCGUAUGAAGUUAAGCAAGUCGAACUUUGGAAGAAAAGAUAUUAUCACAAUUACGAAAAGAGUGAUGUUUGCAUAUGAACAAUGUCUGCUAUGCCUUGGACACCAUCCUGAUAUAUGGUAUGAAGCUGCUAGUUAUCUGGAUCACGCAAGCAAAGUUUUGGUUGAAAAAGGGGAUCAAACAACUGCUAGACAAUUUUCAAAUGAUACAGCAGCGAUGUAUGAACGAGCUAUCGCUUUACUGAAAACAAAUAUGAUGCUGUAUUUCGCCUAUGCUGAUUAUGAAGAAGGUCGUUGUAAAUAUGCGAAGGUUCAUUCCAUCUAUAAAAAGUUGGUUUCUUUGGGAGAUAUUGAUCCAACAUUGCCUUAUAUUCAGUAUAUGAGAUUUGCAAGACGUGCUGAAGGUAUCAUGUCUGCUAGAUAUGUGUUCAAGCUUGCCCGUGAUGAUGCACGUGUUACCUAUCAUGUUUAUUGUAGUGCAGCACUCAUGGAAUACUUUUGUAGUAAAGAUAAAACAAUUGGUCAUAAAAUAUUCGAAUUAGGCAUGAAACGUUUUGGUGGUAUUGCUGAAUAUGUGUUAUGCUAUGUUGAUUUUAUGGCUCAUUUAAAUGAAGAUAAUAAUAUUCGUGUCCUAUUCGAACGUGCCUUAGGUUCGAAUCAAAUAACUCAAGAGCGUGCACGUCUUAUAUGGGCAAGAUUUUUGCAAUUUGAAUCGCAGGUUGGUGACUUGGCGAAAUUCUCAAGAUUGGAAACUGCUCUGUUAAUUGAUCGAUAUAGAUUCCUGGACUUGCUGCCAUGCUCUGAUUCGGAACUUAGAUCCUUAGGAUAUCGAGAGUUAGCUCGUUUCCAACUAGCUGGAAUAGGCAAAGGAUAUGAUGAUGUUUUAUGCGGUGUAAUAUCUUCUCAUAGUGCUGCUGGUGUCUCACUAGGUUCCACCCUUUCCGGUGUCACUGGCGGUGUUGGUGGAGUGAGUGAUCCUUUUAUAUCAGUAAUAACUGGAACUGAUCAAAAACCGACUUAUCCACAGCCUGAUGUUAGCCAAAUGUUACCAUUCAAGCCAAAAGCAUAUCCACGCACAGGAAGUCAUCCUGUAGCUGGCGGCGAAUUCUUAGAGCAUUUCCUGGAAUUGGAAAUUCCCGAUGAUUAUAUGGAAGUUGUUGCUGGUGAAUCAGAAGAAUUGACUACAACCAUUGAUUCUGGUACAGCCCUAUCUAUUGAACUGGCUAGCACUGCAACUUCAGCCACUCCUCUGCUUUUAGCUGCUCGCAAACGCCGCCAACAAUUAGCCAUGGAGAAUUUAUCUAAUCCUGGUAUACGUGGUUCUGCAGCCAAUCAAGCGAAAUUGCUUAAACGCACAAACUUGAAUGCCUUUGGAGAUUCGGAGGAUGAAGGAGAUGUUAAUGAAGGGGAUAAUGACGAUGAUGAUGAAGAUGAACGGGCAGCUGCUUUAUUAGGUGGUCAGAUUUUAGGCUCUGGAUCGGAGUUACGACCUACUCUUUCAGCUGCUGGCCUUAACUGUAAUGUACCUAUGGACUUAUAUAGGUUGCGGCAAAUGCAAAGAGCUAAAUAG